GUUCUGGAAAGGUGCUCGGUUCGAUUACGUUCUUUGCGCUCCGUUUGAACUUACCGGAAAUUUCGGCUGGCGCUGAAGAUGGAAUCUAAUCGAGCGAGUUGCUGUCGACGAUCCCGCGCCACACGAGCUACCAUCUGGCCAGAUGGCUGACCUUCAAAUCAUCCUGGUUGACGUAGAAUCAGGGCACUGACUACCUCCAAAGUGGUGAAGAUGGCCCGAAAUAAGUGUGAAGAACGAAGCGAGAAACAUUGGCCCAUUAGGCGGUGCGUGGCGUAGCCCAAGGAGGAGCUCUUGUUUUCCUGGAGUUCUUUUGUCUCCAAUAACGCAGCAGACACAAGGAAGUUCCGAAUUUUCUGGGAGGAGUCCCGCAGAGCUGUGAAGGGAGACAUCGGCUCGUGACGUUCUCGGGCAGCUUCUCCACCAGAUUUCGGUCAGAUUAUCGCUCAGAACUUUGUCUCAGGGAGAGAGAAUCUGGAAGUCAUCUCUCAGCCUCAGGCAUUAACACCUUUGGGACGACUUAAAAAAUCUCAAGUACUUGUCGUCACUCGGGUUCAAUUCACGCAAAGUACUCGAGGAACGCUACGGCAGAAAAUAAGUGCGGGCGAGAAAGCGGAGGAUGCGUAUCCCGGCAGGCGACAAGGAGGCAAAAACGCGGAUACAUCCGGAAAAGCAGGUGUCUCAGCAUGGGGAGCCAGCAGCCGAAAUCCAAACGCAACGACAGAGGUGGCAACAGCAGAUAUGAGAUGAUCGAGUACAGGAGACGACGGCCAGGAGGCUGACACGAAGGAGAUCGGCGUGGAAGGACAACAUCCGAGGAUACGUGCAGGACUAGUUAGCAGCCAGCUCGCAUUGACUGAAUUUUCCAAACACAUUCCUCUUUGUAAGGAGUUGUGGCUCCUUUCAGGAUGAGCGGGAUUGUCGCAGAUGAUAGCAGCUACCUUGUAACACACUAUACGAGCGUGUGGUCGUACCUGUGGCCUCACAUCUCUCAUUCUUUGGAAGUCGGGAGCGUGAACUUGGAUUGGAGAGCGAGAUGUUCUCUGUUUAUGCUCCGGAGCGUGAGGUCUGUCUCUCAACCGCUGAAGCACUUUGGAAGAUGGACGGAGAAGGCAAUUAACCUGUGUGCAGCCAAUGGAGGAAUUCUCAGGACCUUGUAUACACUUUCGAUAGAUCCACAGGCGCUUGUUGAUCUUGCCGAGGACUCGGAGAGCUACCUGACUUUCAACGGCCACAUGGAACCAAGAACCAGCCUCCUCCAAGCCCCUUUGUCUCAGCGUCUUUGUCUUUCAUGUCCAGACUCCAAAGCGGUAGCAGAUGUUUGUGCUAUGGCGUCUAAGGUUGCGUAUGAGAGCCCGAAGUUCAUCGAAUUUGUCGUGAAUCAGAAUUGGAAGAUGCAUCUACUAGGAACUUACAACUGUUGGAACGAGUUUCAGAAAAAAAACUCGACUCAAGCUUUCAUCUUUGCCGACCGGGAAACUGAUGCAGAAGCCAUCGUUCUUGCCUUCCGGGGAACGGAAGCCUUCAAUGCAUACGACUGGUGCACAGACUUGGAUUUCUCCUGGUACGAGCUGCCGCAGCUCGGCCGUGUCCAUCUCGGAUUCCUUGAAGCACUGGGCCUGGGCGACAGGAACAGGAUGCAAAGCUUCCAGAGGUUGAAGCAGAACAUCUACGAGAACUCGAGGACUCCGUUGCCACAGACUCCGACGUCUGGACUGCCGGACUUUGUCCUCAGCGACGAGACGAAGCUGCUUGCGUACGACCACAUCAGCGCGGAGCUCAUCACUAUCCUACGGAACCACAGAAACGCAAAGCUCUACAUCACCGGUCACAGCCUCGGCGGCGCUCUAGCGACUCUCUUCACCGCCAUGCUCUUCUACAACCGGGAAGAGCAUCGCAUCUUUUACAACACCGAGGACGAUGUUGCCAGGAGGCUCGCGGCGCUCUACACGUUUGGCCAGCCCCGUGUUGGAGACGAGAGCUUCGCGUCCUUCAUGGACGCCAGCUUAAACAAGCCAACCAUGAGGUACUUUAGAGUUGUCUACAAUAACGACGUGGUAGCUCGAGUCCCCUUCGACAACUCUUUGUUUGGCUUCAAGCAUUUCGGGAAUUGCUGCUACUUCACUCACAACUACACCCUCCAGAUCCUUCCGGACGAGCCAUUUCCCAAUUUCCUCUCCCCGGUUUACAUGGUGCUGUCCCGGCUUUACGCGCUGUUCGAGCUCGUCCAGAGCUUCUUCAUGAGCUAUAGAUAUGGCGGGGAGUUUAGCGAGACGAGGUUGUCCACUGUGGCAAGGAUUGCAGGCUUGCUCGUGCCUGGGAUCGCCGGGCACAGCUUGGUGAAUUACGUCAACUGCGUCCGGCUGGGUCCCGACCAUCUCGAUCCGGCGUGCCUGCAAAACUCUGAGUGGGAUAAAUCACAGUAAUCAUCGCAACUAUUUCGUA